UUUAUAAUGAGUUAAUGCUGGGAAAUAAAACACUGAUUUAAGUCAUUUUGGCUUUUAGUACUAAAGCAUUUGACAAUAAAUGACUUCUUCAGAAUAUAGUAUACCUUCUGAAAGCAAUAAAGGUGUUUUAGUGAAUUGUAAGCAAAUAAUAUUAUUUUAUUUUUUAUUUUUUUUGAGAUGGACUUUCGCUUUUGUUGCCCAGGCUGGAGUGCAAUGGCGCGAUCUUGGCUCACUGCAACCUCCGCCUCCGGGGUUCAAGUGAUUCUCCUGCCUCAGCCUCCUGAGUUGCUGGGGUUACAGGCAUGCACCAUCACGCCUGGCCAAUUUUGUAUUUUUAGUAGUGACAGGGUUUCUCCAUGUUGGUCAGGCUGGUCUCAAACUCCUCAGGUGAUCCUCCCGCCUCAGCCUCUGAAAGUACUGGAAUUACAGGCGUGAGCCACCGCGCCCGGCCAGCGUUAUUUUUUUUUAAUCUGGAAAAAUACACUUCUAAGAAAAUUGAUUAAAACCAAACUUCUUCAUUAGCCGCUAAAAUCACAUUUAUGUUCUCUUUGCUGCAGCUUCACUUAAAGAGAGGAAGCUUCCUGGUGCUCAAAGCAAAGGAGCUGGGCCUUCCAGUUGGGACGGCUGCCAUUGCUCCCAUCAUUGCUGCUGUCAAGGAGGGGAAAAGCAUCACUCAUGAGGGAAGAGAGAUUUUGGCUGAAGAGCUGUGUACUCCUCCAGAUCCUGGUGCUGCUUUUGUGGUGGUAGAAUGUCCAGAUGAAGGCUUCAUUCAACCCAUCUGUGAGAAUGCCACCUUUCAGAGGUACCAAGGAAAGGCAGAUGCCCCCGUGGCCUUGGUGGUUCACAUGGCCCCAGAAUCUGUGCUUGCGGACAGCAGGUACCAGCAGUGGAUGGAGAGGUUUGGGCCUGACACCCAGCACUUGGUCCUGAAUGAGAACUGUGCCUCAGUUCACAACCUUCGCAGCUACAAGAUUCAAACCCAGCUCAACCUCAUCCACCCAGACAUCUUCCCCCUGCUCACCAGUUUCCCCCGUAAGCAGGAGGGCCCCACCCUCAGCGUGCCCGUGGUUCAGGGUGAAUGCCUCCUCAAGUACCAGCUCCGUCCCAGGAGGGAGUGGCAGAGGGAUGCCAUUAUUACUUGCAAUCCUCAGGAAUUCAUAGACGAGGCGCUGCAGCUUCCCAACUUCCAGGAGAGCGUGCAGGAGUGCAGGAGGAGUGCACAGGACGGCCCAGCCCCAGCAGAGAAAAGAAGUCAGUACCCAGAAAUCGUCUUCCUUGGAACAGGGUCUGCCGUCCCGAUGAAGAUUCGAAAUGUCAGUGCCACACUUGUCAACAUAAGCCCCGACAUGUCUCUGCUACUGGACUGUGGUGAGGGCACGUUUGGGCAGCUGUACCGUCAUUAUGGAGACCAGGUGGACCGGAUCCUGGGCAGCCUGGCUGCCGUGUUUGUGUCCCACCUGCACGCAGAUCACCACACGGGCUUGCUAAAUAUCUUGCUGCAGAGAGAACGAGCCUUGGCGUCUUUGGGAAAGCCAUUUCACCCUUUGCUGGUGGUUGCCCCCACCCAGCUCAAAGCCUGGCUCCAGCAGUACCACAACCAGUGCCAGGAGGUCCUGCACCACGUCAGUAUGAUUCCUGCCAAAUACCUUCAGGUAGGGGCUGAGAUCCCCAGUCCUGCAGUGGAAAGAUUGAUCAGUUCGCUGUUGGGAACAUGUGAUUUGGAAGAGUUUCAGACCUGUCUGGUGCGGCACUGCAGGCAUGCGUUUGGCUGUGCGCUGGUGCACACCUCUGGUUGGAAAGUGGUCUAUUCCGGGGACACCAUGCCCUGUGAGGCUCUGGUCCGGAUGGGGAAAGAUGCCACCCUCCUGAUACAUGAAGCCACCCUGGAAGAUGGUUUGGAAGAGGAAGCAGUGGAAAAGACACACAGCACAACGUCCCAAGCCAUCCGUGUGGGGAUGCGGAUGAACGCGGAGUUCAUCAUGCUGAACCACUUCAGCCAGCGCUACGCCAAGGUCCCCCUCUUUAGCCCCGACUUCAACGAGAAAGUGGGAAUUGCCUUUGACCACAUGAAGGUCUCCUUUGGAGACUUUCCAACAGUGCCCAAGCUGAUUCCCCCACUGAAAGCCCUGUUUGCUGGCGACAUUGAGGAGAUGGAGGAGCGCAGGGAGAAGCGGGAGCUGCGGCAGGUGCGGGCGGCCCUCCUGUCCAGGGCUCUGACAGACGACCUGGAGGAUGGGGAGCCCCAGCAGAAACGGGCCCACACAGAGGAGCCACAGAGCAAGAAGGUCAGAGCCCAGUGAAGAUCUGGGAGUGACCCUGAACUCUGACGGCUGUGUGUCUUCUGCCCCACGCACGCACCCGUAUCUGCCCUCCUUGCUGGUAGAAGCUGAAGAGCAUGGUCCACGCAGGAGGCAGCUCAGGAUAGGUGGUGUGGAGUUGUGCCGAGGCUUGGACUCCCAGAUAAGCACUAGUUUAUAGACGCCUCUUAGGACUGGUGCCUGGCACAGCCGUGGAACAGGAGGCUGCUACACGGAAGCAAGCAAAUGAACUAAUUUCACUUCAAGGCAGUAUUUUAAGAAGUCAUGGAAACAGACGGCAACACCUUUCCUCUCAUCCAGCAAAGUGAUUCCCUGCACGCCAGAGACAAGCAGAGUCACAGGAACACUGGGUCUCAGUGUCCGAGACUCAACGAAAAUAGUAUUUCAGCUGCAAUAAAGAUGGAGUUUG